GCCCCCGGCCUUGGGGGAGCGGGCUACUUGGCAGGGUGGACUCCGCUCGCCACACUCGAGCCCAGCACUGCCCAUCACUAUGUGGCUGGCUGGGGCGCUGCUUGCCAUCUCCUGCCUCAUGGUACACACCACCGCAGCCCCUUUCCCAGUGUUUUGUUCCCAAGACCGUGACUCAGAUGUGAGGCCAGGAUUCCCCGAAUCAAUCAAGACAGAUGAUCCCGGAGCCCUGGCGGCAGCAAGGCACAGUGUGGAAAGAUUCAACAACUGCACAAAUGACAUCUUCCUGUUCAAGGUGUCCCACAUCAGCAGGGCCCUGGUCCAGAUAGUCAAAGGCCUCAAAUACAUGCUUGAGGUGGAAUUCAGCCGAACCAUCUGCCGGAAGACCUCGCAUGCUCGGCUGGACGACUGUGACUUCCAAACCAACCACACCCUGGAAAAGACCCUGCGCUGCUACGCUGAGGUCUGGGUCGUCCCCUGGCUCCAGACCGUGGAGGUGCCCGUUCUGUACUGUCACUGACUCCCGCCUCCUUGGCAAGACCACGGCUGAAACAGACACGCAACGGGAGCCCAGGCAUCCCUACGGCUCAGCCAGGACAGGAGGGGAGGGACCCCACACACGGAUAACAUGUCACGUCGCACUUUCUCCUCCAGCUAUUUCACUAAUGCUUUGCACCUAGAUUCAGGUCCUGCACACAGGGGAUUGCAUCCUCCAAUGGGAAUAACUAGAGCUGGGGCCACAGCAGACACAGGCAGACCUGAGGGGCGGGGAAGGGCGUCCCAGGCUCAUCUUGAGGGCCCAGGCAUUCAUCUAAGGUCUGAGGUAGCACUUGGCACUGGGUUAAAGAGGGGAGAGACCAAGCAUGCUACAGACCACCAUAACCUCCUGUGGAAGCAUAAUGCUGAGCCAAGAGCUUGACCACCUCAAAGCCAAGGCCGUGUGUUCCCACUUACAGGGGGUCAUGAUGGGAGGUGUGUGCUGUGAGGGGCUCCGUUCUCCAAGUGGCCUGAGUAAGGGGCUCCCCAUGAAGUUCUGCGAUGACUGCCAACCCUUCACUGCUGGCUGAAACCUGAAGACCCCAGCAGCCAGACAACGGGCAGAACUGUGGGCAAGAACUGGCAAGGAAGGCAGUGCUCCCAGCAAGGGAGUGCAAGCCCAGCAGUGCUCCCUUCCCACUGGGGGCCUCUUGGCCAGAGUUUUCUGCACUGCCCAUGAGGCCCAAGGGUUCAGAAGGGCUUGGCACAGCUUCCCCCUGUGCGGGAGGGCAGGAGGGGAGCCUCACUGCAGACGGGGCUGCAGAAGGGAUGUGGAGGGAGGACACUGAGGGUAGU